CCAGACCUCUGCUCUUGCCACUGGGCCAUGCUACUUCACUAACAAGCUGCCCUCAGCUCCUCCCCAAGUAACUAAACCGGAGGAUGACCUCUAGGGUCAGGGGUGAAGUCACCAGCCAGAAGGGAAAGGUACAGGAAGGUGAUGGAAAGUGCUAUCUGUCGCCUCCAGGAUGUGAUGUCCUGAACACUUUCCCCACCCCCACAUUGAGUUAACUAAGUUACUUGAAGUUUUGAGGGGGGCGUCUCACGAUUUUGCUUUCUCCACUGUUCCUUGUGAAUGUACAGAAUCACCAGCUAGUAAAAUGGGGGAGCGGGAAUUACGCCUGCAGCUCCCCCGCUGGUGGGGCUUUCUCUAAUGGGAUGAGGCAGAUUAAAGGCAUUAGGGUGACGUUUUGUGGAUCCUGCUUUAAUAAUGUGCAACGUCGGGAAUGUUUCUCCUCUUCAGUGAGGAAGCCCCGCCGGUGGCCACCACCGUUGUUUAUUGGCCACCUAGGACUGCGCUCUUCACCGGAGGGGGCAGAGGGGUCCGGGGAUCAACAUGGAAAGCCCAAAGAACGGGUCAGGACAGCUGGGCCCAAGAGGCAUCUGCUUAAAGGCCUGAUUGGCUAUUGGGAACAUUGAGUCCGUCUGAGGAGAGGAGACCGACCCCUGAGUCUUCUGGACCCUCUGACUGCAAGGAUGGCGUUGCUGAAGGUCACCUUUGAUCACAAAAAGCGGGUCAAAUUAGCCCAGGGGCUUUGGCUCAUGAACUGGUUUUCAGUGAUCGCAGGGAUCGUCAUCUUCAGCUUAGGACUCUUCCUCAAGAUAGAACUCAGGAAGAGAAGCGAGGUGAUGAACAACUCUGAAAGCCAUUUUGUGCCCAAUUCCUUGAUCCUGGUGGGGACCCUGGGCUGCAUCUUCAACGCCCUGGCGGGAAAAAUCUGCUACGACUCCCUCGACCCAGCCAAGUACGUCAAAUGGAGACCGUGGUUGAAACCCUACCUGGCUGUCUGCUUUCUGUUCAACAUCUUUGUCUUCCUGGUGGCCCUCUUCUGCUUCCUCAUGAGGGGCUCCCUGGAGGGCACCUUGGCCCACGGGCUCAAGAGCGGUAUGAAAUACUACCGGGACACCGACACCCCGGGCCGCUGCUUCAUGAAGAAGACCAUCGACAUGCUGCAGAUCGAGUUCAGGUGCUGUGGUAACGAUGGCUUCCGAGACUGGUUUGAGAUCCAGUGGAUCAGCAACAGAUACCUGGAUUUUGGCUCCAAAGAAGUGAAAGAUCGUAUUAAGAGCAACGUAGAUGGGCGCUACCUGGUGGACGGGGUCCCCUUUAGCUGCUGCAAUCCCAACUCCCCUCGGCCCUGCAUCCAAUACCAGAUAACGAACAACUCAGCCCACUACAGCUACGACUACCAGACGGAAGAGUUGAACCUGUGGGGCCGGGGCUGUCGGGAGGCUCUGCUCUUCUACUACAGUGGCAUGAUGAACUCCAUGGGCGGCAUCGUCCUUCUCGUGUGGUUCUUUGAGGUGUCCGUCAUGGUCGGGCUGCGCUACUUACACACAUCUCUGGAAAGCAUCGCCAAUCCGGAGGACCCAGAAUGCAAGAGCGAGGGCUGGCUGCUGGAGCAGAGCAUCCAGGACACCUGCAGAGCCAUCCUGGAAAGCGUCAAGAGGCUGGGUAAAAGCAACCAGGUGGAGGCCGACCCUCCGGGAGACGAGGACGGCAGCAAGGUGCCAGCUGUCACCACAGUCAGCUGAGAACCCCACACUGGCCCCGGGGACCUUUUGACACCACAUAAACUCCACCACCACUCAUCUGAUGCAAACGUAGAAACCCACAUUCAUCGGCUGGUCUCUUCAGAGACGGGACGCGAGGUGCAUCUGAGGUUAGGACCUUCUCCUUUUCCUCUCCGCCCACCCCUCCCUGCCUCCUCCCCCUCCAUCCUCUUUCCUCCCUAGUGCUCGGAAACCCUGGACGGGGAAGGUUCUUGCCCGAGAAACGAGUGAUAGUCAUCUUCUGGUCUAACCCGUGAUACUUCCUGGGCCCUGCUUUAGACUCAGCUUCAUCGCUGUUUGGAAAGCUAGAGAGCAAGAUGGUGAUUUGGUCAUAUCAUCUGGGGGUGGAUGACAGGGAUGGGGACAGAUCUUUUCCUUUUUCUUCCAUUCGGAAUUUUUAAGGGUACCUCUGUUUUGCCCAGGCGGCAUAUGGGGCUGUAGCUCCAGUCACUAAACUGAAAAACAGACUCAGUGGUGAAAGCAAAACAGCAACCUAACACAUGCUUCUGGUUCCUGAAGCCAAGGGGACUUUAAAGCCCCCUAGAGUUAUAAAGGCAUUAGAUGGCAGCAAGCAAGAUCCAGAAUCGGUAUUUUCUGACCUUCUUCCUCAGGCUACAGUAACUUCACCCACUUGCUCCCUGGCAGAGUUGUGGGUGGGACAGAAAGAGACCCUCUCCAGCCUGUCAGCUGGCUCCAGGACCCCCACAGAUCCCACCUGGGUCAUGAUGUUGGAUUCUUUUCUGGGCUUCAGUUUCACCAUUUCUAAGUCCCUGCCCCCCAAAUCUCUCAGGGGUGAGGUAAGAGUAAGGCGACAAGAGGAGAAAGGCCACGGGCUCAUAGAGACAAGGGAGCUGGAGACAGCCAGUGUGUCUCAUCUCUCCUACAAAGAGGCUGUUUCAUUGCUGUCUCAGGGGUUUAGCCUGAGGUUUUUUUGAUGAAGAAAGAGUUAGUGCUGCAGAAUUGAAGGGAAAGGGACCCUCUGGUCCCCUCGAUUCCGGCCAGGGCCCAUCCCCUGCAGUCUCAGCUCCAGGGGAGUUUACUCACAAAAUGCAGAUCCCCCCCACCCUCCCUACCUCCUAGCGGCUUGAUCUGAGUGGGGACCCACUUGCCCUGCCCUUAACUGGGCUAGCGUCAGCUUGACCCUAAGGGCCAGCGCCCUGGGACUGUUUUAAAAAAGGGAAUUUGGUUGGGUGUUUUUCAAUCCCAAACCAGGCACAAUGGGAGUCUCCAACUUCCCCUGCUCACCCCAGGCCAGCCGAGGCCUCCGGCCUCUCUCUCUCUUUCUCUCUCUACCGUGACGGCUUUGUUUCUUUCAACUUUCCCUGUAAACUAGUCAGAGAGAGAGGCCGCUCCGUCGUGGAAAGCCUCAACUAGAGCUGUGCCCAUAGAGCGUCUAUGCUGUCAUCACCUGUAAUACGGAUGUUAAAACUAUAUUGUAAGAAAACAAUCGUUGUGUGAAAUGUUUAAAUAUAUACAGUGGAUACUCACCUGUUCGCCUGCUUGCCGGAAGCUGGCUCUCUGGACUCUUGCGCCGUCUGUCUGCACUGCCCCUCUGCCUCGCACCGAGGUUCUCGAAGGAAGGUGCUUGUGUCGCUGGGGUGUGAGUGGGGGUGAGAUGAACAAGGUAAUUUUUACUUCCCUGGAGGCUUCAGCCACCUCACUGGGGCCAGUUCUGGAACGGAACUUAUUACAUGGAAGUGUGAGAAAAGGACCUCGUGAUAGGACCACACUUUGGAGGAACACGACCUGGCUGUCUGAUGAAAUAUACUCAGCUGCGGCAGCCAGUUUCACACCACAGAGCCUAGGGUAAAGGGCAAACUCAAGCUUCCACACUGUUCCCUUUGCAUAGCUUUGGCAUAGAAUAUACA